GUAGAAAGUCAGUGAGAUCAAUGAUAAGGUUGGUAGGUUCCAGAUAAUCCAGGAAGUGGCCUCUGUCAAAGGUAUAAAACCGGGGGAGUAAAGAAGCUCUCAAUAGAAGGUUUUCUAACCCAAAAUCGCUAUGAAGGUGACAGGAACCAUGAUGGGAUCAAUAAAAUCCACCUGCAUUUCUCUACUUUUGCUGACCUUUCUCCUCAUCAUGGCAGAUUCUUAUGCCAACACAGAUUUCUCCAGCGACGGCUGCGAAGAGUGUUCCCUGAAAAGGCACAAAAUUUCCAUCAACGAUCGCCCCAUCUUCCAGUGCUCGGGCUGCUGCUUCUCCAGGGCUUACCCUACACCUUUUGCAUCCACGAUGAACAUGGACACCCGAAAGAACAUCACCUCAGAGGCAACGUGCUGCGUGGCAAAGAAUUUCAAUGAGGUUCAGAUGGGCAUAAAAGGUGCAAGACUGAGGAACCACACUGAAUGUCACUGCAGCACCUGCCACUACCACAAGAUAUGACCUGCUCAACAUGAUAUCUGAUAAAAAAAAAUACACGCUUGUGAUGGAUUGUUUUUGUGUAGACAGAUUAUAUUUUUGCUAAUUGUUUUGACGUCAGGAUCAGUCUCUAUUAACAUGUAGGAAAGUAUAUUUAGA